UCUCAAGGAUUGCGCGUUGCGCCUCCAUAAAGGAGGCUCCGCUAGGGUUUUCGCUCCGGCUCGGCUAGCCUCUCCUCUGCUGCGCUGCUCGCCCGAUCUCGCGCUGCAGGCAACGAUCUGAGAUCGAGCGAAGCUAGCGGCCCAUCGAGAUGACGCUGGUACUGCAUGCUAACAGUGGUAACAAAAAUGCAUUCAAGACACUUAUUGCCGCGGAGUACAGUGGCAUCAAGGUUGAGUUGGUAAAGGACUUCCAGAUGGGUGUCUCCAACAAGACUCCUGAAUUUGUCAAGAUGAACCCUCUUGGGAAGGUUCCUGUCCUGGAGACUCCUGAUGGUCCUAUUUUUGAGAGCAAUGCGAUCGCACGAUACGUUGCUCGCUUGAAGGCCGACAAUCCACUUUAUGGAUCUUCACUGAUUGAUUAUGCCCACAUUGAACAAUGGAUGGACUUUGCUGCGACAGAGGUUGAUGCUAACAUUGGAAAAUGGCUGUACCCACGGCUUGGAUUUUAUCCCUAUGCUGCUGUGAGUGAGGAAACAGCCAUUUUCGCUUUGAAGAGAGCAUUGGGUUCCCUCAACACACACCUUGCAUCGAACACAUACCUUGUUGGGCAUUCUGUGACUCUUGCUGAUAUUGUGUUGACAUGCAACCUCUACAUAGGCUUUGUUCUGAUUUUGACCAAGAGUUUUACCUCGGAGUUCCCUCAUGUUGAGAGGUACUUUUGGACCAUGGUUAAUCAGCCGAACUUCAAGAAGGUCUUCAUUGAUGUGAAGCAGGCGGAAUCUGUCCCGCCUGUUCAAAAGAAGGCUGCACCAGCAAAGGAGCAAAAGCCGAAGGUAGCCAAAAAGGAGGCCCCAAAAGAGGCCCCGAAGCCAAAGGCGGUUGAGAAACCAGAGGAGGAAGAGGAGGCACCAAAGCCAAAGCCAAAGAAUCCUCUUGAUUUGCUCCCUCCAAGCAAGAUGAUCCUUGAUGAGUGGAAGAGGCUAUACUCAAACACAAAAACCAACUUCCGCGAAGUUGCUAUUAAAGGUUUCUGGGAUAUGUACGACCCAGAGGGCUACUCUCUGUGGUUCUGUGACUACAAGUACAAUGAUGAGAACACUGUGUCCUUUGUGACCAUGAACAAGGUUGGUGGAUUCCUGCAGCGAAUGGACCUGUGCCGCAAGUAUGCCUUUGGCAAGAUGCUCGUUAUUGGCUCUGAGCCACCUUUCAAGGUCAAGGGGCUUUGGCUCUUCCGUGGCCUUGAGAUCCCCAAGUUUGUCAUGGAUGAGGUCUACGACAUGGAGCUCUAUGAGUGGACCAAGGUUGACAUCUCCGACGAGGCCCAGAAGGAGCGUGUCAGUGCCAUGAUUGAGGAUCUGGAGCCCUUCGAGGGCGAGUCCUUGCUGGAUGCGAAAUGCUUCAAGUGAGCCAUCUCUUUGGAAUGGAACUGAGGGAGGGAGCUAUUUAGGUUUUUUCGUCCAGUUCUAAAAUAGUUCAUGCUUCUCGAACUCUGGAAUGCUAGCUUGGAUACUACCGGAGUGCUUCGAGGUCUCACAGAUCCUGCUUAAGCAAAAAGUACUGGUUGUUUUUUGUGCUAAUUUUGGCCAUGUUAACGGGCGUUGGCAUGCAACCUUCGGAUUAUGUACAACAUGGAAACCAUUCAUGUGCAUCCUAUACCCUUCAGUUAAACUUGUGAUUUCCAUAUUCA